UGGCCCAUUCAUCACACAAUUGACCUUUGUCGGCUAAUCCCAGCUGCUGCACUCUCAUCCACGCGCACUAGACAGCCAGCCCAGCCUCGAAGCACGCGGCGACGAUGGACGGCGGCAACGGAUACUCGCGAGACGGCGGGCGUUCCAGCGGAUCGCGCAACUACUCCUCGAGAGACGACCACCGUGGAGAGCGUGGAGAACGGGGCGGAGAGCGUGGAGAACGCGGAGCAGAGCGCGGAGGGGAACGAGGCGGAGACAGACGCCGCCGCCGCUCGCGCUCGCCCCGCCACGGAGCCUCGCGCCGCGACUACGAGGUCGACACGUACUCGUCCAGCCGUGACUAUCGCGAGCGCGAGCGUGAGGAUACGUAUGCCCGCCGCGAGAGGCGCGACGACCGGGGCAACGACCGUGGAGGCGACCGCGCCGCCUGGGGUGACUCUUACUCGAGGCGCGACCGCCCACGUGGAGACCGCGAGCGCGACGACGACCGCGGCCACAGGGGCGGAGGCGGCGGAGACAGACGCGACCGCGGUGACCGGCCCGAACGAUUCGACGGCGACCGCGGUGGCCGGGGCCGACGAGACGGAGGAUUUGGCGGCGGCGGCGGUGGAGGACGCGACAGACGCCAGAAGGAGGAGUCGCCGCUGCCCAACAAGCAGCGCGAGCCCACGCCCGACCUGGCGCCCUUUGUCAACAUCCAGAAGCGCCAGCGCCGCAUGACGCAGUGGGACAUCCGCCCCGCCGGCUACGAGAACAUCACGGCCGAGCAGGCCAAGCUGUCGGGCAUGUUCCCGCUGCCUGGCGCUCCCCGCGCCGCCCCCAUGGACCCCUCGCGUCUGGCCGCCUUCAUGAGCCCCUCGGCUGGCACCGCCUCUGCUGCCGCCCUGGCGCCCUCGCAGUCCAAGCAGGCCAAGCGUCUGUACAUCCACAACCUGCCCUCGGGCGCCACGUCUGAGGAGGUGGUCGAUUUCUUUAAUCUCCAGCUGAACGGCACCAAUGUCGUCGUUGGCUCGGAUCCCUGCCUCUCUGCCCAGGUCGCCUCCAAUCAGGAGUACGCUCUGCUCGAGUUCAAGACCCCCGAGGAUGCCACGGUUGCCCUCGCCAUGAACGGCAUUGCCAUGCGCGACAACGACGCCGCCGGCCCUGAUCAGGGAGGCCUCUCUAUCCGCCGACCCAAGGACUACAUCACCCCGUCUGCGGACGAGAACGCCUACCCUGGAGACGAAGUCUCGUCCGUCGUCAAGGACAGCCCCAACAAGCUCAGCAUCGUCAACAUCCCCACAUACAUCGAGGAAGAGCAGGUGCGAGAGCUCGUCGAGACCAUGGGCAAGUUAAAGGCCUUCAUCUUGGUCAAGGACACGAGCACGGAUCAGCACCGCGGUAUUGCCUUCUGCGAGUACGCAGACGACGAAAUCGUCGAUGCCGUCAUCGAAGGCCUUAACGACAUCCCCCUUGGCGACGGCAACCUCAAAGUCUCUCGCGCCACGGUUGGUGUGCAGCAGGUCACUGGUCUGGACGGCGGCGUCGGCGCCAUCUCCAUGCUCGCCGGUGCCAGCGCUGUUGAGGGCCAUGAACACAGCCGUGUCAUCUGCCUCAUGAACAUGGUCACAUCGGACGAGCUGAUCAACGACGAGGAGUACGAUGAAAUCAAAGAAGACAUCGAAGAAGAGUGCGGCAAAUACGGCCCCAUCGUCGAAACGAAGAUCCCUCGUCCCGCUGGCGCACGUGUCAAUCUCGGCGUCGGGAAGAUCUACAUCAAAUACCAAGACACGGAUUCGGCGCAGAAAGCAAUCAAGGCACUUGCUGGUCGCCAGUUCUCGCGGAGAACGGUUGUCGCGACAGAGUUUUCCGAGGAGGGCUUCGACGUCGAAGCGUGGUAGUUGUCUAAUCGAGACUUAGUGAUCGCAGAUUGAGGGCGUUUGAUCUUGGCUCGUUUGUUACUUUUCUGUUCAUGGAUGAUGGUAGGAGGUUAUGUGGCAGUAGCGAGACGAGCACGAACAUGUAUACUAAUUUGAUUUUUGUAGGGAAAAGUCGUGUCUUGUUUGUAUCGUUUUUUUGGAGGAGAUAGAAUGGAUCUCUCCGAUAGGGAUGCGUUGGUAGUAGAGAUAAGUACGCGCAAUGCAAUACUAUGCUAUCAAGCAGCAUUCGAGCUAGUGACCUGUCCGUUCCUGGCGCCCACUCCCGCAGAAUACCCGGUGAA